CCCCGGGCUGGGCAGGGAAGGCGCCGCCGCCACCCUCGCCACGUACCUUUCCCUUUUUUGGGCAGGGGAGAAGCUGGCAGGUGGCUGUCGGUCGGCCGAGCCUUCUCCCGGUUCCCCUGGCCCAGGCUUUUGUCUUCCUUUGGCUCUUUAUAGAGCCCCCCGUCCCGUUGAUGCCCCAGGGAUCCUCACCUGUUCUCUCAGGAGCUGGCUUAAAAGGAAAGCCGAUAGGCCCGGGGAAUCCCCCCCAGGGAAGAAGGAAAGAAUAUUCCCCUCCCUCUGUCUCGGGUUAUUUCGUUGCAUUUUCCCUUCGCUAUUGUAGUCUCCAACCUUCUCCUUGUCCCCUCGCCACUUCUUUCCCUGACAUCCCUUUAGCAUAAGCUUAAAUCGGCUCAGAAGGACAAGGUCCGCCAGUUUAUGGCAGUUACCCAGGCUGGUGAAAGGACUGCUAUAUACUGCUUAAUGCAGAAUGAGUGGAAACUAGAAGUGGCAACAGACAACUACUUCCAGAAUCCAGACUUGUACUACAAAGAAUCCAUGAAAAUUUCAAUAGACAGAAAGAAAUUAGAACAAUUGUAUAACAGGUACAAAGACCCACAGGAUGACAAUAAAAUUGGCAUUGAUGGAAUUCAGCAAUUUUGUGACGAUUUAAGUCUGGAUCCUGCUAGUAUCAGUGUUUUGGUCAUAGCAUGGAAAUUCCGGGCAGCGACUCAGUGUGAAUUCAGUAAAAAAGAAUUUGUAGAUGGCAUGACAGAGUUGGGGUGUGAUACCACAGACAAGCUAAAAUCUCUUUUACCAAGACUGGAACAAGAAUUAAAGGAUCCAAUGAAGUUUAAAGAUUUUUAUCAGUUUACUUUUAACUUUGCUAAAAACCCUGGGCAAAAAGGUUUAGAUCUAGAAAUGGCAAUUGCAUAUUGGAAUUUAGUGUUAUCAGGAAGAUUUAAAUUUUUAGAUCUUUGGAAUAAAUUUUUAUUGGAGCAUCAUAAAAGAUCAAUCCCUAAGGAUACUUGGAACCUUCUUUUAGACUUUGGAAAUAUGAUUGCAGAUGAUAUGUCAAACUAUGAUGAAGAAGGAGCGUGGCCAGUCCUAAUAGAUGAUUUUGUGGAAUACGCAAGACCAGUAGUUACAGGAGGAAAACGUAAAGCUUCCUAACCAUGACUUCUCAGUGGACUAACUCUGCAGUUUGAACUGCAUCGGGUAAUGAAGACUUUUGGCCAAUAACUGUGCACACUGUCAUCAAUUUCAAAAGUUGAGGUGGGAUGCCACUGACAAAACAGAAAUCGCUACUUCUGCAAGAAAAUGAUGGCUGGCUCAUGGACACUGCAAGAAGAAAUUCAAAAGAUAGCCCAGGCUAUCUGUAGGAUACUGGCUUCAAUUACUGUACUGGUUGUAUUAUAUAGGAUGUAGAUUUUGCAUGAUUUUAUACUUUGGAAAAGUUUAACUAGAGGCCAUUUUAGUAAAAUUUUGACAGCACAGCAUGCCAUUCAGUUCAUAAUACAGGGUGAACACCAGCAGUUACAUAAAUACAACUGUAUUAUAUUGUACUUAUAUUAAAAGCAGUAUUUGUGAUAUAUAAAUUAAAUCUCUAAAUAAAAUAUGUGGUAUGUGGUA